AUGACAUUGUCGGGACGUGACAGCCCUCUAGGGUUACAUCUCAUCCGUCGGCAGGGGUGUGCCAAAAAGCAAAGCAGAGUCACUCAGGUUAAAUCCGCAGGUAGCCAUGUUAGUGUGGAGCAGAAGAAAGCCAUCUAUGAAAACCACCAGACUAACAUCAAGGCUUGGAAGAAACGGAAGAGAAUGGCAAUGGACAUUCUUGAUGCUAUUCUAGAGGGGUAUCCUAAAAGCAAGAAACAGUUGGUGGAGGAAGUGGGCGUAGAGACAGACGAGGAAUGCAAUGUUAAGAUACCACAGACGUAGUCCAACAUGGAACUGCAAAGACUUUCAAUCAACUCCAUCUGAUGAGCACAGACUGAUCGA